AUGUCACCGCUUCACGUGCGGGCAGCCGGCCGCCGGCUCAUCGCUGACAGCCUGUGCGUAACCCGCGGCCGCCGGUUCCUGCGUUCCCCGCGCUAUACGUGGGAAGCUGUUGAUACUAAAAAUCACAUACUUUAUAAAAUAAAUGUGUGUGGAAAUGUGGCUGUUCCUGAAUGUGGGCCAUCGAGUGCUAUUUGUAUGCACAACUUGAAGACAAAGAGCUAUCAUUCAGUGGGUGACUCUCUUUUGAAAAGUGGAACCAGAUCUCUUCUGGAAUUCAACACGACAUUGAACUGUGAGCAUCCAAAUGCCAAUCACAGAGUCCAGAGUAGCAUCACCUUCCUGUGUGGGAAAACCCUGGGAACUCCUGAAUUUGUCACUGCCUCAGAUUGUGUGCAUUACUUUGAGUGGAGGACUUCGGCGGCCUGCAAGAAAGACAUCUUUAAAGCUACCAAAGAGGUGCCCUGCUACGCGUUUGAUGGUGAGUUAAAGAAGCAUGACUUGAAUCCACUGAUCAAGAGUAGCGGUGGCUACCUGGUGGACGACUCCGACCCGGACACCUCUCUCUUCAUCAACGUCUGCAGAGACAUAGACUCCCUGCGCGACUCCAGCCUUCAGUUGCGCGCCUGCCCCUCUGGCACGGCCGCCUGCCUGGUGAAAGGUGACCAGGUGUUCGAUGUUGGCCGCCCAAAGGACGGGCUGAAGCUCUUGGGCAAGGACAGGCUGGUCCUGACUUAUGUGAAGGAAGGGACAACCAAACCCGAUUUCUGUGACGGUCACAGCCCAGCAGUGACCAUUACUUUUGUGUGCCCAUCAGAGCGGAGAGAGGGCACCAUCCCUAAGCUCACCGCCAAAUCCAACUGCCGCUACGAAGUGGAGUGGAUCACGGAGUAUGCCUGCCACCGCGACUACCUGGAAAGCAGGACCUGUGUUCUCAACAGUGAGCAGCACGACAUCUCGGUCGACCUGACGCCCCUCUCACAGAACCUAUCGUCCUCCUCCCCGUACUACAGCUCAGAUGGGAAGGAAUACGUCUUUUACUUGGAUAUCUGCGGCAUGGUGGAGCCCCACGUCUGCAAUCAGAGGGGAGCUGCCAUUUGCCAAGUGAAGAAGGCCGACUCCACCCUGGUCAAAGUGGCCGGGAGAGACCAGAACCAGACCCUUCGCUACUCAGAUGCAGACCUCACCUUGAUCUAUUUUGGGGGAGAUGAGUGCAGCUCCGGCUUUCAGCGCAUGACUGUCAUCAACUUUGAAUGCAACCAGACGGCAGGUAAUGACGGGAGAGGCAGCCCUGUUUUCACAGGGGAGGUCGAUUGCACCUACUUCUUCACCUGGGACACCAAGUACGCCUGUGUCAAGGAGAAGGAGGACCUGCUCUGCAGCUUCAGUGACGGCAGGAAGAGCUAUGACCUGUCCCCGCUGGCGCGGCACUCAGAACGGGAACAGAAUUGGGAGGCUGUGGAUGGCAGCCUGGCAGCUGUGGAGAAGAAGCAUUUUUUCAUUAACGUUUGCCACCGAGUGCUUCAGGAAGGCCGUGCCAAAGGCUGCCCUGAGACUGCGGCCGUGUGUGCUGUGGAUAAGAAUAGAAGGACUAAAAAUCUGGGAAGAUUUGUUUCAGCUCCCAUAAGAGACAAAGAAAACAUUCGUCUUUCUUACGCUGAAGGGGACGAUUGUGGGCGUGGCAAGAAGAUCAGAACCAACAUCACACUUGUGUGCAAGCCAGGUGAUUUGGAAAGUCCUCCGGUGCUGAGCAGUUUUGGGGACAUGGGUUGCUUCUAUGAGUUUGAGUGGCACACAGCAGCCGCCUGCGUGCUGGCCAGGACCGAGGGCGAGAACUGCACAGUCCUCGAUGCCCAGGCUGGGUUUUCUUUUGAUUUGUCACCUCUCACAAAGAAAACCGGUGACUAUAAAGUUGAGACAGAGGAGUAUGACUUUUACAUAAAUGUGUGUGGCCCUGUGACUAUGGCUGCUUGUGGGUCAAACUCGGGAGCCUGCCAGGUAGCAAAAAGUGAUAGCAAGGUUUGGAACCUGGGUCUAAGCAAUGCUAAGCUUUCCUAUUACGAUGGAAUGAUCCAGCUGAACUACAAAGACGGCGCACCCUAUAAUAAUGAAAAGCGAACGCCAAGAGCUACACUUAUCACCUUCCUCUGUGACAGAGAAGCCGGCAUAGGUGUUCCUGAGUACCAGGAAGAGGACAACUCGACCUACAACUUCCGGUGGUACACCAGCCACGCCUGCCCUGAGGAGCCCCUGGAGUGCGUCGUCACAGACCCCUUCACGAUGGAGCAGUACGACCUUUCCAGCCUUGCCAAGUCAGAAGACAGCCACGGCGGGAACUGGUACGCCAUGGACAACGCCGGGGACCGCUCCACCUGGCGAAAGUACUACCUCAACGUCUGCCGGCCGCUCAACCAGGUGCCGGGCUGCGACCGCAUGGCCUCUGCCUGUGAGAUGAAGUACAGGCGCCAGCAGGGCAUGUCUUUCGAGGUUGUCUCCAUCGGUAACCUAGGCUAUUCGAAGGAGGGUCCCACGAUCGAGGACCGGGGCAGCCUUCUCCUCGAGUACGUCAAUGGCUCGGCCUGCAAGACCAGCGACGGCGUGCAGACCACCUACACCACGCGCAUCCACCUCAUCUGCUCCCCGGGCAGCCUGAACACCCACCCCAUAUUUUCUCUCAGCUGGGAGUGUGUGGUCACUUUCCUGUGGAACACAGAGGCGGCCUGCCCCAUCCAGACAACCACGGACACAGACCAGGCGUGCUCUAUAAGGGAUCCCAACAGCGGGUUUGUGUUCAACUUUAACUCGCUUAACAGUUCCGAGGGAUACGUGGUCUCGGGCAUUGGGAAGACCUUCAUGUUGAACGUGUGUGGCGCCAUGCCAGUCUGCGGCACCGUGGACGGGAAACCAGCCUUUGGCUGCGAGGCUGUAGCCCAGAUGGACAAUCUGAAGACCCUGAAACCGGAACGGCUUGUCGGUGUUGAGAAGAUCCUCCAGCUGUCCACGGAGGGCUUCAUCACGCUGACCUACAAGGGACUGCUCUCUCCGUCCACAGGUACCGCCGAUGCCUUCAUCAUCCGCUUCAUUUGUAAUGAUGACAUUUACCCAGGAACACCCAGAUUCCUGCACCAAGACAUCGACUCCGGGCUUGGCAUCCAUGACACUUUCUUUGAGUUUGAGACAGCUUUGGCGUGUGUGCCCUCUCCGGUGGAUUGCCAGGUCACAGACCUCGCUGGAAACGAGUACGACCUGAGCGGCUUGAGCAAAGUGAGGAAGCCUUGGACCGCCGUUGACACGACUGAGGACGGGAAGAGGAGGACUUUCUACCUGAGCGUCUGCAACCCUCUGCCCUUCAUUCCCGGAUGCCACGGAAGCACCAUGGGCUCCUGUCUGAUUUCCGACGACAACAGCUGGAACCUGGGCGUGGUGCAGAUCAGCCCACAGGUGGCAGGGAAUGGGUCCCUGAGCAUUGUGUACGUCAACGGGGACAAGUGUGGCAACCAGCGGUACUCCACCAGGAUCAUGUUCGAGUGUGCGCAGACGCUGGGCUCGCCGGUGUUCCAAUCCUUGGAUGACUGUGAGUAUGUGUUCCUGUGGAGGACAGUGGAAGCCUGCCCCGUGGUCCGAGUGGAGGGGGACAACUGUGAGGUGAGAGACCCCAGGCACGGCAACGUGUACAGCCUGAAGCCUCUGAGCUUGAACGACACCGUUGUGAGCGCUGGAGAGUACAUCUACCACUUCCGCGUCUGCGGGCAGCUUUCCCCAGGCGUCUGCCUGACUCAGGACAGGUCCCGGGCGAUCUCUUCCUGCCAGGAGAAGCAAGGACCCCAGGGCUUUCACAAAGUGGCAGGUCUCCUUUCCCAGAGAGUGACCUAUGAAAAUGGCCUGUUAAAACUGAACUACACAGGUGGGGACAUGUGCCAUCGGGUGUACCAGCGCUCCACAACCAUCUUCUUCUACUGCGACCGCAGCACCCAGAAGCCGGUGUUUCUCAAGGAGACUUCCGACUGCUCCUACCUGUUUGAGUGGCGCACGCAGCACGCCUGUCCUCCCUACGAGAUGACCGAGUGCUCCUUCAAAGACGAAGCUGGAAACUCCUUCGACCUUUCCUCCCUGUCAAGAUACAGCGACAACUGGGAAGCGGUCACGAGGACAGGGGCCACCGAGCACUACCUCAUCAACGUCUGCAAGUCCCUGUCUCCGCAGCCUGGCAACGAGCCUUGCCCCCUGGAGUCGGCCGUCUGUCUGCUGAACAACUCCAAGAGUGUGAACCUCGGGCGCGUGAAGGACGGCCCUCAGUGGAAAGACGAAGCUGUUGUCCUGGAGUAUGUGGACGGGGACUUGUGUCCAGACCAGAUUCGGAAGAAGUCCACCACCAUCCGCUUCAUCUGCAGUAAAAACCAAGUGCGGUCCCGGCCCAUGUUUGUCAGCGCGGUGGAGGACUGCGAGUACACCUUCUCCUGGCCCACGGCCGCGGCUUGUCCUGUGAGAAGCAGCAUACAUGACAACUGCCAGGUCACCAACCCCACCACAGGCCACCUCUUUGACCUGACUUCCCUCAUCAGCAAAGCUGGUUACACGGCGGCCUACAGCGAGAAAGGGCUGGUGUACAUGAGCGUCUGUGGGGAGAACGAGAACUGCUCCCCCGGAGUGGGUGCCUGCUUUGGACAGACCAGGAUCAGCGUGGGCCAGGCCAACGGAAGGCUUACCUACGUGGACCAGGUGCUGCAGCUGGUCUAUGAGGAGGGCUCCCCUUGUCCUUCCAAGCUGGGUCUGAGGUACAAAAGCGUCAUCAGCUUCGUGUGCCGGCCAGAGGUGGGGCCCACCAACCAGCCCAUGCUCAUCUCUCUGGACAAGCAGACCUGCACCCUCUUUUUUUCCUGGCACACUCCACUGGCCUGCGAACAAGUGAUGGAAUGCUCUGUGAAGAACGGCAGCUCCAUCAUCGACUUGUCGCCCCUGAUCCACCGCACGGGAGUCUACGAGGCUUACGACGAGAGUGAGGACGACACCUCUGACACCAGCCCUGACUUCUACAUCAACAUCUGCCAGCCCCUGAACCCCAUCCACGGCGUGGCAUGUCCCGCCGGGGCAGCUGUGUGCAAAGUCCCCGUCGACGGGAACCCCAUCGACAUUGGCCGGGUCACAGGGCCACCGACGCUCAACCCCACGACCAACGAAGUGUCCAUGUCUUUUGAGAGCACCACGCCUUGUGCAGAGGACAGACGUGUCAACUACACCUCCGUCAUCACCUUUCACUGCAAGAGAGGCGUGAGCAUGGGAACGCCCAAGCUGCUGCGGGCCAGCGACUGCGACUUCCUGUUCGGGUGGGAGACCCCGCUCGUGUGUCCCGACGACGUGCAGACCGAGGGCUGCUCCCUGACGGACGAGCAGCUCUACUACAGCUUCAACCUGUCCAGCCUGUCCACCAGCACCUUCAAGGUGUCGCGAGGCUCUCGCACGUACAGUGUGGGAGUGUGCACGGCGGCUGCCGGCGUGGACCAGGGUGGCUGUAAGGACGGCGGCGUCUGUCUGCUCUCCAGCAGCAAGGGGGCCUCUUUCGGGCGUCUGGCCUCCAUGCGGCUGGACUACAGACACCAGGACGAGGCUGUGAUCCUUAGCUACGUCAACGGUGACAACUGCCCCCCAGAAACGGAAAUUGGCGAGCCCUGCGUCUUCCCGUUCAUUUUCAACGGGAAGAGCUAUGAGGAGUGUGCCGUGGAGGUGAGGCCCAGGCCCUGGUGCGCCACCACCGCCAACUACGACCGAGACCACCAGUGGGGUUUCUGCAAGCACUCCAACAGCCACCGCACAUCAACGAUCGUAUUCAAGUGUGAUGAGGACAUGGAAAUUGGAUGGCCCCAGGUCUUCAGCGAGGUCCGUGGGUGUGAGGUGACCUUUGAGUGGAAGACUAAAGUCGUCUGCCCUCCAAAGAAGAUGGAGUGCAAGUUUGUCCAUCAGCACAAGACCUAUGACCUGCGGCUGCUCUCGUCUCUCACCAGCUCCUGGUCCUUCGUCCAUGAUGGCGACUCGUACUAUAUCAAUUUGUGUCAGAAAGUGCACAAGGGCCCCUCCGACUGUUUGGACAGAGCUAGCAUUUGCAGAAGGACGGCCUCUGGCCACGUCCAGGCGCUGGGGCUGGUUCACACACAGAAGCUGGAUGUAGUGGACGGUCGAAUUGUCAUCACUUACACGAAAGGCUAUCAGUGCGGUGAAAACAAGACCGCGUCCUCGGUGAUCGAGCUGACGUGCGCGAAGACAGUGGGCAAGCCAAUGCUGGACAGGUUUGACAUCGACAGCUGCACCUACCACUUCCUUUGGGACACCCGGGCUGCUUGUGCGGUGAAGCCCCAGGAAGUGGAGAUGGUGAACGGGACCAUCCUGAACCCUGCCAGCGGCAGGCGCUUCAGUUUGGGAGACAUCUAUUUCAAGCUCUUCAGCGCCUCUGGGGACAUAAGAGCCAACGGGGACAAGUACCUGUAUGAAAUCCAGCUGUCAUCCAUCACCAGCUCCUCCAACCCUUCCUGCACGGGGGCCAACAUAUGCCAGCUCAAAGCUAGUGACCCGCACUUUAGCAGGAAAGUGGGGACUUCGGAUAAAGCCAAGUACUAUGUUCAAGAUGGUGACCUUGAUGUCGUGUUUUCCUCGUCCUCGAAGUGUGGCAAAGACAAGACAAAGUCCGUCUCAUCCACCAUCUUCUUCCACUGCGACCCCUCUGUGGAUGAGGGCAUCCCUGAGUUCAGCCACGAGACGGCUGACUGCCAGUACCUCUUCUCGUGGUACACCUCUGCUGUGUGUCCCCUCGGGGUGGACUUGGAUGGUGAGAGUGACGCGGAAGAUGAGAUGGAGCACCGGGGACUGUCAGGGCGGAGCCAGGCCUUGGGCACCAUCCUCAGCCUGCUGCUGGUGGCCCUGACCGGCUGUCUGCUGACUCUGCUGCUCUACAAGAAGGAACAGAGGGAAGCAGUGAUGAAUAAGCUCACCAACUGCUGCCGAAGAAGUUCAAAUGUGUCCUAUAAAUACUCAAAGGUCAAUAAGGAGGAGGAGACUGAGGAAAAUGAAACUGAGUGGCUCAUGGAGGAGGUCCAGCUGCCAGCUGCUGGACCCUCGAAGGACAGCCAGGAGAACGGCCAUGUCUCUGCGACAUCCGUCACCACAACUGCAGUGACCGCCGAGGCCCUGACAUCCCUGCGCAGUGACGACCCGGACAGCGAGGACGAGAUGCUGGCUGUUCCCGACCCACAGCCCUACACCACCAGGGUGCCUGGCCCCGACGGGGCACGCAGGCAGCGGAGCCCCCCCAGGAAGGUGGUCCGGGAGCAGGAAGACGACAUGAUGGGCCUUAUCAUCGGCGACAAGGCCUGGAAGGGGCGGGGCAGGGGGGCUCCCCAGAAGCUGGGGAGCUCUGGGCGCCCGGUGUCCUUCCAUGAUGACAGUGAUGAAGACCUCCUUCGCGUCUAA